AUGUUCUCGGCCCUCCUACCUAUGUUUUUGUUCGCCGUUGUUUCGGCAAGAGAAGCAAAAGAAGGUGAGGUUCCAUAUCAGGCCUCCAUUAGAACUGAAAAUGGUCACAUAUGCUCCGGCGCCAUUUUGGAUAAGAAAUGGAUACUUACUUCCGCUAGAUGCUUAAUGCGUAUACGCCGCCGAGAAGUACCAUAUGUUGUCGUGGGUACAAACGACGUCACAGCACCAGGGACUAGCUUUCCAGUUGAGACCAUUCAUAAACACCCGAAUUACAUCAGCUAUAAACACGACAUAGCGCUGGUGAAAGUUAACGGAACAAUUAAAUUUAACGACAAAAUACAACCCGUACAGUUGCCUGAGAGAAAUACCAAACCGGAAGUCACCAUGCUUUACUCUGGAUGGAAAGGACCAUCUGAUUCGUAUAGGACAAACAAAUUGCUUAUGAGAAAUGUGACUUCUAUACCCAGUGCUGAGUGUCAAAAGCAACUAGGACCGCACCUCGAGAGAGACCAAAUUUGUACCCUUGAUAACGAUGCUUAUCGAAAAGGCCAAGAUUUCUUUGAUGACAAAGGUGGUCCAAUCGUGGAAGGGUCAAAAUUGGCAGCCAUCGCAUCCGUACCGCGUAGGAAAAACGUAGCAAGUGUACACAUAAGGGUCUACGAAGUUCUACCUUGGAUCACAGUUACCAGAGAUCCUGACACUAUUGUUCAUUAA